UAAUUUUUUUUUUGUUCUUAAACUAGAAUCUCUAAGCAAACUUAAUUCUUAUCAAAAACCACCAUUUUCAACAGAGUAGGCUACAAAAACUCUGUUGAGAGAUUCUGUGUAUUGCAUCACAUACACACGAGAGAGAGAGAAAGAGGGACAUGGCUUAUGCUGCUAUUACUUCUCUUAUGAACACCAUACAACAAUCAAUGGAAUCGACUGGACUUGUGAUGCAAUUGUUCUAUGAAAAGCUUGAAUCAUUGAGAGCUAUUAUGGAGAAAUCCUGCAAUGUAACAGGCAAUGUAUUGACAAGCUUGGAAGCGCAAAUCGCAGAGCUAGCAGAUGAAGCAGAAUAUAAGGUUGACUUGGAAUCAAGAAAUAUUUUUUUGCCCGAAAAUGAAAAAAAGCAAAGAAGAGCUUUUGUGAAUCUUUAUUCCCUUGUAAAAGAAGUAGUAGGACGCAUUGAUUCAACAAUGAAGAAGUGGAUGGCAAUUCAAAACAAGCUCAAGAACAUCCAAGAUCUUAAAGCACAAGAUUUGUCUCUUGUCAGUACGUCACGACAUGGCCUAGAGCCUGAGGAUAAGAUGGUUGGCCUUGAAAAUGAAUUCGAGAUGGUGCAGGAUCAACUUGCUAGAGGAGCAAGGGAACUAGAAGUUGUCUCAAUUGUCGGGAUGGGGGGCAUCGGCAAGACAACUUUGGCUAACAAAAUCUAUAGUGAUCCAUUCAUGAUGUCUCACUUUGGCAUUCGUGCAAAAGCAACAGUUUCACAAGAGUACUGUGCGAGAUAUGUGCUUCUAGGCCUUCUUUCUUCUAUAAGUGGAAAGUUCGAUGAAUUUCAUGAGCAUCAAGAUGAUGAUCAACUAGCAGACCAACUACAAAAGCUUCUAAAAUGCGGGAGGUACUUGGUAGUCAUUGAUGAUAUAUGGACUAGAGAAGCAUGGGAUGGUAUAAAACGAUGUUUCCCAGACUGUAACAAUGGGAGUCGAAUACUCAUGACCACGAGGAAUGUGGAGGUGGCUGAAUGUGCUAGCUCAGGUAAGACUCCUUAUCACAUGCGCCUCAUGAAUUUUGAUGAAAGUUGGAGUUUGUUGUACGAAAAGGUCUUUGUAAAAGACUAUUUUUCCCCUGAAUUUGAACAACUUGGCAAAAAGAUUGCACUAAACUGUGGAGGAUUACCUCUAGCACUUGUUUUGAUUGCCGGACUUCUCUCCAAAAUUGGUAAUUCAUUGGAUGAGUGGGAAAGUGUUGUCAAGAAUGUAAGUUCAAUGGUCAACACAGAGGUUAAUGUCCAAUGCAUGAGGGUGGUUGCAUUAAGUUACCAUUACUUGCCUCAUCACCUAAAAUCGUGCUUUCUAUAUUUUGCAAUCUUCCAAGAGGAUGAACUGAUUUUAGUCAAUAAACUUGUGGAAUUAUGGGCAGCAGAGGGGUUUUUGAAGGUAGAAGAGAGGAAAAGCAUAGAAGAAGUGGCAGAAAAAUGUCUAAAAGAACUUAUAGAUAGAAGUUUAAUUUCCAUCCACAAUUUGAGUUUUGAUGGAAAAAUUGAGAUUUGUGGAAUGCAUGAUGUGACCCGUGAAAUCUGCUUGAGAGAAGCUCGAAACAUGAACAUUGUGAAUGUUACGAGGGAAGAGAAGUAUCAAAAUUCAUGUGUGCAAUCUAUGCAUUUUUCCUCUAAGAGUCGAGGUCGGAUCAGUAUCCAAUUGAUCACGUCUGAGCAGAAUACUGAGAAAAUAUUGGCAAGGUAUCCUAAAAAUGAGGUUCGUUCUAUUAUCUGUUUUAGAGUGAAAAUGUUCGUGCCAAAGUUGUUGCACUUCAAGCUAGUAAGAGUACUAGAUCUUGCUUUAAUGAGAUUUUCUGCUUUUCCCAGUUUGAUUCUUGAUUUAAUUCACUUGAGAUACCUAGCUUUGAGUCUUUCUCCUAGCUUGCAGCAUUAUCUAGGAGAAGAGAUUUCCUCAUCUUUUUCAGUAGACAUUCCUCCAUCGAUAUCUAGCCUAUGUUAUCUGCAAACUUUUAUACUAAAACUUUUACAGCCUAAUGCCCGGGAAUAUCCUCUGGUAUUACCAUACAAAAUUUUGACGAUGCCACAAUUGAGGCACCUCCAUUUGGACUGGAAUUACUUGCAGUAUCAUGAGCCUAUGGAGAAAAGUUUGGUUCUGAAAAAUUUGCAAUGUCUGUCUGGAUUGAAUCCUUGGCAUUGUACUAGGUCCGUCUUUAGACAAUUUCCCAAUUUAAAGAAGUUGCAAAUAUGUGGCAUCUGGGAAGACUUUCGUAGUCGCAAGGACCUCUAUGAUUUUCACUAUUUAGAUCAGCUCGAGGAAUUAGAUUUUGUUCUUACUUAUUCAUGUUAUGCUUGCUUUCUGGAAAGCAUUACAUCUUCAGGCCUUUUGAGGUUCACGAGGCAAAAACGACGAGCAAUUUUGCUGGAGAGACCAUCUCUGGCCCUUCCUCCUACAGAAACUUUUCCAUAUUCAAUCCUUCCUCCUCCAGAUGCUUUUCCGCAGAACCUCAAGAAACUGGCUUUUUACGGGACUUGUUUGCAGUGGAAGGAUUUGAGCAUUGUUGGUAAAUUGCCCAAACUCGAGGCCCUUAAACUAGGAAAUAGUGCCUGCAUAGGCGUGGAGUGGAAGGUAGUUAAGGAUGGUUUUCCUAGCUUGAAGUUUUUGCUACUGGAACGUUUGAAGGUUCGUUACUGGAGAGCCAGUUGUGAUCACUUUCCGUGCCUUGAACGGCUAUUUCUUGAACGUUGCUGGGAUUUGGAUUCAAUCCCUCAAGAUUUUGCAGAUAUAACUACCCUUUCUCUGAUUGAUAUUAGCAGUUGUGCAGAAUCUGUUGGAAAUUCCGCCAAGCAGAUUCAACAGGACAUUCAAGAAAACUAUGGCAGUUUUGUUGAAGUCAAUAUCCGGAAGCCUUUAAACAUGCGACAAGGACCGAGUGGUUGAGCAGCAAGAACUUCAGCUGUGGAAGCCCUUUCUCAGCUACUUCCCACUCCGUAUUAGUACUUGAGGAACCAUACUUGCUCUAAUUGAUAUAAGCGACUGCGAAAAAAUUGUUGGGAAUUCCGCCAAGCAGAUUCAACAGGACAUUCAAGAUAACUAUGCAAGUUCUGCUGAGGUCCAUAUCAGUUAAGCUGGAAUUGGAUUUUUCAAAUUUCCAUGGAUUUUUCAUUUAGGGUAGAAUUGGAUUUUGUUCAGUCUUUUCUGAAUGUUGGUAGGUCAUAAGAGAAACUAGACCUGUAUAAACAAGUUAGGAAAAUCUUUCGCUAUUAUACAUAAACUUUGAAAGAGAAGGAGAACCUCGGAGUAAAGUUGCAUCCAUGUGACCAUGAGGUCACGGGUUCGAGCCGUGGAAGCAGCCUCUUGCAUAAAUGCAGGGUAAGUCAAUGUGGUUAUUUCUGCAAAAUCUUGAGGUAUCAAAUCCAAGUACCAGCAAGCUUUGACGAUCAAAUUCAACACUAGAUUAUCUCUUCACAUAGAUUGAUAUGGACAAUUGCUUAAAUUUCUCUAUUUUAGACACGGUGAGUCAGGUGAA